AUGGCUUUACUUUUUAGAACUGUGGCCCAAUUAGUCGGACUUUCACUAUCUUUACUGGGAUGGAUUUUAUCGUGUCUCACAACUUAUCUGCCUGAGUGGAAGAAACUCAACUUAGAGCUAAAUGAGAUGGAAAACUGGACCCUGGGACUCUGGCAGACUUGUGUGAUUCAAGAGGAAGGAGGGAUGCAGUGUAAAGAUUUUGAUUCAUUCUUAGCUUUGCCUACUGAGCUGAGGAUCUCCAGGAUUUUGAUGUUUUUAUCAAAUGGAUUGGGAGUUCUAGGCUUGCUGGUAUCUGGUUUCAGUCUGGAUUGUUUGAGGAUUGGAGAAGGGCAACGAGGGCUCAAGAAACGGCUGAUGAUCCUGGGAGGGAUGCUGCUGUGGCUAUCAGGAAUUACAGCCCUCAUUCCAGUGUCCUGGGUUGCCCACAACACAGUUGAGGAAUUUUGGGAUGAGACCAUUCCAGAUAUUGUCCCCAGAUGGGAGUUUGGAGUAGCUCUCUUUGUUGGCUGGUUUGCUGGAUUUUUUCUUGUUAUUGGAGGGUCUUUGCUUAAUUGUGCAGCCUGUUCUACUCAAAAAUAUCCAUCCUUCAGUCCUUAUGCAAUGGCAGAAAUUCAAGAUCCAAGUCAAAAUCUGGAGAUGAAAAACACUCCCCUGAAAAUCUAA